UNUUCUUUUCUGUGGUACGUUUUUAGUAGAUCUCUGCGUGUAAAUUUUACAUUUUCCGGUUGUUCCCCUUGUUUAGAUUUUGUGGGUCUGUUCAAUUACUGAAAAAAAUUCUGCAGUUCCUUGGUCGGUGAAAAAAAGAUUCGAUCUUGGAAUUUAUAGAACCAAAAGAAAAAAAAAAAAUGAAAUCCGGAAAAGGUCCUCCUCAAGAAGACGAAGGGGAGGAAAAAGACGAGUUUGGUUCGAAGAAAGACGUCUCGCCAUCUGCUAAUAAUUCAAAAGAUGGGAAGAACAGUGAUAAAGCUAGUGCUAUAAGGUCGAAACACUCAGUUACUGAGCAGCGGAGGAGGAGCAAGAUCAAUGAGAGAUUUUCGAUUCUUAGGGAACUGAUACCGCACAGUGAUCAGAAGAGAGACACAGCAUCAUUUUUGUUAGAGGUGAUUGAGUAUGUGCAAUUUUUACAGGAAAAGGUCAAUAGGUAUGAGGGGUCAUAUCAGCCUUGGAGUUCAGAGCCUGUAAAACUGAUGCCGUGGAGAAACAGUCACUGGCGAAAUUUUGCAAGCCAGUCGCCAACUGUCAAAAAUGGGUCUGAUCCUGCAUUCCCCAUCAGGUUCGAUGAAAAUAGUGCUGCGGGCCCAGCAACCGUGCAACCGGGCCUGCAUAACCAGCCCAUCGAGCCCGAACACGGUACGGGUGGCCCGUUUAGGCCGAUGGGCCCAGUGUUUCUGCAAGGGACCACGCCUGUUUCCAUUGAGAAUGAUGGCCCAUUCUCGAAUACGUUGCAUGGGCCUGGGGACCCACUUUCGGAUUCACACUCGACUGAAUGUCCUGAUGCUAUGAACCUCCCAGAUGAUCUGAUGAUUGAGGGCGGGACAAUUAGCAUAUCGAGUGUUUACUCCCAAGGGUUACUGAAUUCAUUGUCACAAGCACUACAGAGCACAGGUGUGGAUUUGUCUGAAGCCAGCAUAUCAGUUCAGAUUAAUCUUGGAAAACGAGCACAGAGAGGAUCAAUUGCUAAGGAUCAAUGUAUUUCUAUGCCUUCUGGAGACCUACCAGGUGGAACAUUUCAAGACAAGAGCAACAGUGAAGACUUAGAUGAAGUCCAGAAAAGGCAAAAGAUUUGAAGAAUAUUUUACUUAGCUCAGUAAAGGCAGAAGAUUUGAAGAAUAUUUUACUUAGCUCAGAAAAGGCAG